UCAGCUUACAUGGAUGGCUGAAGAUCAAAACAUCCCCAUGGUCCAUUUACUACGCUACUGUAUUUUUAUUUUUGGGAUCUUAUUUAAGUCUGUCGCCAACUAAGCAAAUUUGCUACAAGUACACGCUUGCGAUGUAUCACAGCGCAAGGAUCUUUACUUCAGUAAACAGAGUCUGAUGUGACCCUAAAGAUGUUGCUGCGUGUUUAACCUCAUGGGGCUAAUUUAAACCGGAUUGAUCGUGAAAACCUGAUUACGCCUGAUAAAAAUUUUCCCCUAAGCACUUGAAAAAUGUCCACUUCCUCUGGUGUCGCAUCGAAAGCUCUAAUGGUACAAACGAUUAUGAUUUUAACUAAGAUCCUUAAAGCAAACAAAAGGGUAUCCUUGAAGAAUCAAUGGAAACCGCUUGAACGCUUACACCAGAGGUUAUUUAUAAGAAGUUUCUUAAAGAGUCGUUGCUGUAGUGGUAUUUCAAGGUUUGAUGAUAGCUCUCGGAGACUUCAGUGCAUAUAAUAAUACUGAGCACCCUGGAAUGGGACCUGGGAGAAGGAUUUAUAUGGCCAUAUACAUGGGUGCAGUUGUGUACACAUGUUUUUUGUGUUUAUUCGCAGUCAAAAGACAGAACUUUAUGGAAAUUAUAGCAUUUGACUUGCAGAACUUUGCCUUCGUUACUUAUAGCUUCAUUCAGUUAUAUCAUGUUAGAUUCAAGACAUACAAUGGAUUAAGAACAAGUAAAAAUGAUGCCCUUCCAAAAAUUGUUUUAGCAAAUGCCAGUGCUCUUCUGUUGCUCAAUGUUGUAUUUACAUACCUCUCAUACAAGCUGUACAUGGAGUUUGGAUGGAAAAUCUAUAAGAGAGUUCGUUUCAACAUCAGGCUCAGAGGAAUUUAUCAAAUCUAUGAAGUGUUAUCUUGCCUUUUGAAAAUGGAGGUUUUGUAUUGGGGAAUGUUUGCCAUUGUUCACAGUCUGGUUCUAUUGCGUGACUCACAUAACAUCCUCUAUGUUAUGAGCAUGACAUUUAUACCAUUAACAUUUAUAUAUGCUGGUAUAGGUUAUUACGCGGUACGCCAUGAGAACAGAGCGCUUAUGCUAUUUUUCCUGACUUGGACAUUGGGUGGGAUUGGUUACUUUUUGUAUAAACUUUAUGGGUUUGUUACUCGCACUUGCAAUGGCUGUCCAGAGUUUGAAAUUGAUGGAAAAGACAUCCCUGAUGAGGCCUUUAUGCAUUUUGUAUACUUAGGAGCCAUGAAUCUUGUAGUUGCUUCAACAAUAUUUGGCGUAGCAGUAAAAGCCUAUCGAAAUUUUGGAGGUGGAUUAGCGCAGCAUUUCCGCCAAAAAAAGAAACCCCAAAUGAAGUAUUCAGCGCGGCUAAGCCUGGGACGAGCGAGUCAUUGUUACCCAGAGGAGAGCGUGAUUUCUGUUACGUCAUACGACAGCGCAAUUGAUGAGUUCGCUGAGAGUGUUCGAUUGGACAGAGGCAUUUUACGCGCUGCUCAUGCAGCUUUACCACUACUGGCCGGUAACGGUCACCUUCGGGUUGACCAACGCAGUUGUAGUCUUCCAAAUUUGCUAUCGGAUUCGACGCCAAGGCCUACCUCUUUUCCAGGCCCUUCCGAGGGGGGUAUGAAUUUGCUGAGAGACCGGCUGCAAUCAGAGCAGGGGGAAACAGAUGUAGAAAAGCUAAACUCUGCAAACCUGGAAAGCAUUGCUGAAGAGGAACCAGCUGGAAACUUAGACUCCUAUGAUUACGGAAGGAAAAUAGGAUCUGAUGAAAUUUAUCUUCAAGACAGUGAGGCUGCAGUAGACUCGAGUUUUAUUCAGAUAUCAAGAAAUGGUGAUUUUACUUCUUGGGAUCCUAACUCUAAUGGUCGUGUAAGUAACGCGGAUAGGGUUCGCGCAACUAGAGACGUGGGGAAAUUGCCCGAACACAGACAGAACGGCCGUGUUAGAAAAACUCCUAUAGAACCAAUGGAUGAAAAUAUUACAAAUGGAUGCGGCUUGCAGUCUGCAAAUAACCACGAAGACACUAUUGCUGACGAUUUUGCGCAAGAUUCGUCGAUGGAAUUUAGGACAGAAAAAUCGUCGCAUCAAAAUGCGCAGAUUUAUCAGAGAAUUGCGCGGCUUCCCGAAGGGGUUGUUUAAGAGCAAGUCACAGAGAGAUUUCGUUGGAGCUAUCUCACGAUAAUUCCAGCCAGCAAAUAACCACGAAGACAAUAUUGCUGACGAUUUUGCGCAAGAUUCGUCGAUGGAAUUUAGGACAGAAAAAUCGUCACAUCAAAAUGCGCAGAUUUAUCAGAGAAUUGCGCGGCUUCCCGAAGGGGUUGUUUAAGAGCAAGUCACAGAGAGAUUUCGUUGGAGCUAUCUCACGAUAAUUCCAGCCAUUCAUUAGAGAUCUUUAUAUUACAAGACGAGUAUGGCUGCGAGUUCGAGCCUGCCUCUUUAUUUCGGUAGGUAACGCAAUGUCCGUCAAAGCUUAGAGUAAAUUGUAAAUGUGGAAAUUUGAAAAAAAAAAAAAAAAAGAGAGAGAUGGUUGUAUUUAAACGAAUGAAGCUCCUUUUUAAUAGAAACAGAAUUUUUUUAAAAUUCAAAUCACCGUUACUGGUUUAAUGGGUAGGAAUGAUCAAGGAACUAGCUGCUUAUGGCUGCCUUUUGGAAACUGGUGUCUGCGACGUCUUAUUUAAGAAUACUCUGAAGAUGUAAUUUUACAAUAAUUAUUUUCCUGUAAAUAACCAUGACGUUUUUCUUGUAAAAACAUCCUUUCAUCGUUCUAUAUCUGUCGAAAUCGUAAAUACUCCUCAUUUUUAAAUUUUCUUUUAUUUCGAUGCUGUUGUACAGAUAUUAAGUUUUGUUUUUCACGGUUUCUCUUGUUAGGAUCUUUUGUUCGUUCUGUGUUACUUCAAUGCCGUGAUGGGAAUUUGUCUACUUGCAAUUAAAGCCAUUUUUAAUUUUUAUUUAUUAAAAUCAAA